AUGACAGGCAACAUGCAUCUAGGAGGAGAGGAGCCCAUCCGAGAGUGCCAGUACAAUCAGAUUUGUACACAUAACUCCUUGCCCAUAGAGACCCCUCACACCAAAAAGAAGAUCAAGAGGAAGUGGCAGGCCUUUCCUGGCCGAAAUAAGUUUUAUUGCAACGGGAGGAUUAUGAUGGCAAAGCAGACGGGGGUUUUCUACCUCACCAUGGUUCUCAUCUUGGUGACUAGUGGCCUCUUCUUUGCUUUCGACUGUCCGUUUCUGGCGUCAAACCUGACUCCGGCCAUUCCGGCCAUCGGAGGAGUGCUCUUCUUCUUUGUGAUGGGAAUGCUGCUCCGGGCGAGUUUCAGCGACCCGGGCGUCCUGCCCAGGGCCACACCAGAGGAAGCGGCGGACAUAGAGAGACAGAUAGAUGCAGCCAACGGGCCGAGCGGUCCAGGCUACAGACCGCCACCCAGAACAAGAGAAGUGACGAUUAACGGUCAAACAGUCAAGCUAAAAUACUGUUUCACCUGCAAGAUCUUCCGACCACCGCGGGCUUCACACUGCAGCCUGUGUGACAACUGCGUGGAGAGAUUCGAUCAUCACUGCCCGUGGGUGGGCAACUGCGUGGGAAGGAGGAACUAUCGUUUCUUCUACCUGUUUAUUCUGUCUCUAUCCUUCCUCACCAUCUUCAUCUUUGCCUUCGUCAUUACGCACGUCAUACUGAGAUCCAACAGGACUGGCUUUCUCAGCGCUCUCAAAGACAGCCCAGCUAGUGUUCUGGAAGUGGUGGUGUGCUUUUUCUCCGUCUGGUCCAUCGUAGGUCUGUCAGGAUUUCACACCUACCUGAUCAGCUCCAACCAGACCACCAAUGAAGAUAUCAAAGGUUCAUGGUCAUCCAAACGAGGCAAAGGCAACUACAACCCCUACAGCUACGGAAACUUCAUCACUAACUGCUGCGCGGCGCUGUGUGGACCUCUGCCGCCGAGUUUGGUUGACAGGAGAGGGUUUGUUCAGCCAGAUACCCCGCAGCCCGUGGCCCAGACGAACGGUACCAGCGCCUGUCCCUCCAAUCAGGUUCAGAGUCAUAUGUGUGCUCAAGACCAGUGCAUUCAGAGCACCAAAUUCGUUUUGCAGGCCGCCACCAACCCGCUUCUCCACAGUCAGGCUGUGGUUCUGAGCGGAGGUCCCGCCCUCCAACCCAAGACCCCGUUGGGAGGCCCGUGUUCCACUCUGGGCCCCCCUCAGCCCACGCUGCCCUCCUCCAUCCCCGGCCUCACCUGCGGAGGAGAGCUGAUGGCCCUGCGGGACUCAGAGAUGCACUGCCACCAUCACCUGCAUCAUCAACACUUCAUCAGUCCAGAGGAGACGCCCUCCCCACCCGCUGCCCUGCCCUGCGCCACCCACCUGGGCCACCACAUCCACCCGGCACAGCUCUUCGACCCCGUCAGCCAAGACUCGCUCCAUGAAGAUUCUGUGCGGGGUUUGGUGAAGCUCAGCUCAGUGUGAACAGUGUUUUCAAUACCGCCUUGCUGAACUGAACCGAAAGCCAUACAUGUACAGCAGCCAGCCUCUAUUGGGUGUUUCUAAUACUUUGUGGGGAGACAGCAGCACUUACUGACGUCUUGAGGACUAAGCGAGGACCAAAGCAAGUCUUCCAGCUCCGGUAUCACAUAACCAAGCUGUUUUACAGAAGCAGCUGCACUAAUGGAACGCAUUAGUGACUGGACACUUUUUCUGUGGUUUUCUGUAAGUAUUUUUCCUGUUCACCUUCUCCAUUGGAAUUUCAAGCCGAAGUAUAUAUGAAGGUAUUAGGUUUAUGAUGAUAUAUUAUGAUUUCAUCCAUGAAUUUGGUUGUUAAAGGCAUAGUUCAUCCAAAACUGAAAAUUCUGUCGUCGUUUACUCACGCUCAAGUUGUUCCAAAUCUGUAUAAAGUUCUUUGUUUUGCUGAACACAAAGACCUUUUGUAGUCAAGUUUGGCUAUAAACAUUCUUUCAUUCUGUUGAACACAAAAGAAGAUAUUUUGAUAAUUGUAUGAAGGAAAAUGGUUCUGGGGUACUAGUGACUACCAGUGUCAUCUUUCCUAGUCAAUGGUGCCCCAGAUCUGUUUGGUUACAAACAUUUGUUUAAUAGAACAAAGUAAUUUAUAAAGAUUUGAAACGACUUGAGGGUGAGUAAAUGAUGACAGAUGGAGUAUCCCUUCAAACGAAAGAUUUCGAAGCAAAUUCAAAUCACGUGAUCCAUGAAUUGUGGCACACUGUAUAUAAUGGUAUAUAUGAUUUAUUUGUUUAUUAUACAUUAUUUCUGUAUGGAGAACAUGAACGGGAUUUUUACAUGUGGAACCUACUGGUGUACACUUAUAGCGCAGACACAAGGCGGGCGUCUUUCACGAGCUGUCAUUCAGCCCACAGGUGGGAUUAUUUGUAUGGACAGUGUUCCUAUGUGUGACUUUAUCUCUUCAUUUGUGGUCUUCGAACAUUACCUGAGCUGUUGGGACAACGGAGAAUCACACCAACGUUUGUUUGUACAGCCUGUGAUUCGGAGUUUGGUCACAUAAUGCAACGUCACUGCCUUCUUUCUCUGGGUUUCUGUCGACAACUUCAGUGGUAUUAUCUAUGAUAAUGAUGCUUUCGUGAAAUAUUUGGGUUUGUCUUGCAUCCGAUUUGAACCAGGUGCCAACACAUUAUGGUGAUAUGUGAUUGUGCCAAAAAACAGUUUACUGGUUUUCCGCAAAGGCGGAAUAUUGUGGAUGUUAAUAAAUUCACAAUUUUUUAAAGAAGUGCUGUGAGUGAUUUGUUCGUUUGUGACAUUAAAUCACUGCAUGUGUACAAGGUGGGUCUAGUGGUUGAAUGAACCAAAUGUUAUAGUUCUUUCUACAAAAAGAAAAAAAACAGAAAGCAUUAUAGCAUCAGUCUGAGUUACAAGAUCUUAGCAGUUUAUAAUGGAGAUGCACCGAUAUAUUGGCCAAUAACUGGUAUCGGUCGAUAAAAGCAAUUUUUCACACUAUCGACUAUUGG